UUCUAGUGCAUUGCAGCAUUGACACUGUAACAACAUUCUUGCACCGUCGAUCGCCUCGUUAAAUCUGCAGGCAGUGCAGAGGUCGACAUGGCAACGGCGCCCCAGGCCAUGAUCCUCGCCGCCGUGGCCGCGGCCGCUCUGGCGGUGCACCUCGCCGCCGCCUCGGUUGACCACCCAGUGGGAGGCAGCGGCGCCUGGGACGCCAGCGGCACCAGCUACAACGCCUGGUCCGCCAAGCAGGCGUUCGUCCAGGGCGACACCAUGUGUAAGAUUCUCCUCUCCUCUCCAACUGCUGCUGCCUUUCGUGGAGUGAGAAACUGGCAAAAUUCCUUCGCUAGCGAGGAACCCGUCGCUAGCUCGUGGCGUGUUUUCCCAGGCGUAGAGAGCAGCGGCAUCAAAACCAAGAAGCAACCGAAUUUAUUUUUCCUUUCUUUACUCUUUCUCACAUCCACGUCCGCUGACGACGUCGUCUCUGUAUGUACUACAGCGUUCAAGUACGCGGCGUCGCACGACGUCACCGAGGUCCCCAAGGCCGGCUACGACGCCUGCUCCGGCGCCAACCCCGUCAAGUCCUACACCGGCGGCGCCACCACCGUCAAGCUCACCGCCCCGGGCAAGCGCUACUUCAUCUGCAGCGUCCCCGGCCACUGCGCCGCCGGCAUGAAGCUCGAGGUCACCGUCGCCGCGCCCGCGCCCGCGCCCGCGCCCGCCAGGAGCAAACCCCGCCACCAGAGGAGCCUCGCCCCGACCCCGGCCCCUGCAAUGGCAUCGGAGCCUUCCUCCGUGCCGUCCAACGACGGGCUGCCCACCGUCUCGACGCCCACGGCGGCGCCGGCGCCGAAAUCGUCCGACGCCGCCAGCAAUGGCCUGCUCGGAGCCAAGGCUGGCAUGACUCUGGCCGUUGGGAUGAUGGCCUUGGCAUUGGCCAUCUGAGAGACCCGGUCAUUCGUCAUUUUCAUUUUGCAGAUAGAUGAUUGAUUAAUUAUCACAUAAUGUGAUGAUUAGUGUACGCAUUCAUUGUAACCAUUGAUCCAAUAAAAGCUAUCCUCAGGCA